UGUGUUAAUUAAAGGAAGCCGUCUUUCGACACGAAGGCACAGCCCUAAGGAGUUCCCAAAUUUAUAACCCUGCCUGAUCUCUCGCUCGAUGCAUCUGUGAGAUACAGAGAGAAAAUGGAGAAGAAACUAGUUCCUUGUUUGGUAGUCUCUAUUUUGAUCCUAUGCAGUGUGACCCUUGUUAGAUCAGAUGCAUCUGAUAAUCGUUACAAAGUAGGAGAGGACGUCCCUCUCUAUGUCAACAAGGUUGGACCUUUUCACAAUCCCAGUGAAACAUACCGGUAUUUCGAUCUGCCUUUCUGUUCAUCGGGUCCUACAAAGGACAAGAAGGAAGCCCUUGGUGAACUGUUGAAUGGGGAUCGUUUAGUCACUGCCCCGUACAAACUUGACUUUUUAAACGACAAAGACUCUGAAAUUGCUUGCAAAAACAAGCUGACAAAGGAGCAAGUUGCUCAGUUCCGAGAAGCAAUUUCCAAGGACUUCUACUUCCAAAUGUACUACGAUGACUUGCCCAUUUGGGGUUUCAUAGGGAAAGUUGAAAAGGAAGGCAAGAAUGACCCUAGCGAAUACAAAUAUUACCUCCUUAAGCAUCUUCACUUCACCAUCUUUUACAACAAGGAUCGUGUCAUUGAGAUAACUGCACUAUCCGAUCCGAAAAAUGUUGUGGACCUGACUGAAGAUAAGGAAGUUAAUGUGGAGUUCAUGUAUUCAGUUAAAUGGAAGGAAACAGAAAUUCCAUAUGAGAAAAGGAUGGAGAAAUAUUCACAAUCUUCUUCACUGCCUCAUCACUUGGAAAUUCAUUGGUUCUCAAUCAUUAACUCAUGUGUGACUGUUCUCCUCUUGACUGGUUUUCUUGCAACAAUUCUCAUGCGAGUCCUGAAGAAUGAUUUUGUCAAGUAUGCUCACGAUGAGGAAUCAGCUGAAGACCAAGAAGAGACCGGGUGGAAGUACAUCCAUGGUGAUGUAUUUAGAUAUCCAAAGUAUAAGUCUGUACUUGCGGCAGCAGUUGGCUCUGGCACCCAGCUGUUUACUCUCACAUUUUUCAUUUUCUUACUCGCUCUAGUUGGUGUCUUUUAUCCUUAUAAUCGUGGAGCUCUUUUCACUGCAUUGGUUGUCAUAUAUGCCCUUACAGCUGGGAUUGCAGGCUACACUGCAGCCUCUUUCUUUUGCCAACUGGAAGGAACAAACUGGGUCAGGAACUUGUUGUUAACUGGAGGUCUGUUUUGCGGACCUCUGCUCCUCACGUUCAGCUUUCUUAAUACAGUUGCAAUCACAUAUAGUGCCACUGCAGCAUUGCCUUUUGGAACCAUAGUGGUGAUAUUUCUUAUUUGGGCUUUGGUAACAACACCAUUGCUGGUACUUGGUGGGAUUGCUGGGAAGAAUAGCAAGGCUGAGUUUCAGGCUCCUUGCCGCACCACUAAAUAUCCGAGAGAGAUUCCUUUGUUGCCUUGGUAUCGGAAAACACUUCCUCAGAUGGCCAUGGCUGGGUUCUUACCUUUCAGUGCAAUCUAUAUCGAACUUUACUACAUAUUUGCCAGUGUUUGGGGUCACAGGAUCUACACCAUAUACAGCAUCUUGUUCAUUGUCUUCAUCAUUCUCUUGAUUGUCACUGCUUUUAUAACAGUGGCAUUGACUUAUUUCCAACUUGCUGCUGAAGACCAUGAGUGGUGGUGGAGGUCUUUCCUCUGUGGUGGAUCAACUGGCUUGUUCAUUUAUGGCUAUUGCUUGUAUUACUACUUUGCAAGAUCAGAUAUGUCCGGCUUCAUGCAAACCUCAUUUUUCUUUGGCUACAUGGCCUGCGUUUGUUAUGGUUUCUUCCUCAUGCUUGGAAGCAUUGGUUUCCGUGCUUCCUUGUUCUUUGUCCGCCAUAUUUACCACUCAAUCAAGUGCGAGUAGGAAGUCAUAUGGUUUUCAUUGUGUUCAGUGAGUAGGAUCCCUUACUUUCUCUUAGCAGGCUUAAUUGAAGGAAACUCUGCUCAUUUGUAUUGAUGAAGGUAGUCUUCUAUUGUUUCGCAUUAUGUUACAGGAGAAGCAACAGUUGGCUGGGAAAAUGUCUUCUGGGAUUGCAGGAGCCUUUAUCCCACUACUUUGAAGGAUGACCGCACAUCAAAUGGAGGACUUCUGUAAUAACCUUUUUUUGAUAGGAGAGGAACAUAUAGGACCUUAGAAUGCUGUUAUAAGAAUCUGUGGUGCUUAAAUGUGAGCACAAGCCAUCGUUUUGAAUGUAUUCUAGAACUUUAAGAAGCCUUAGAAUUUGUGUUCCUGGUAGCAGCACUUUGAACAUUCUUAUUUCCACAAUUUAUUACAGCAGCAAGAUAUAUUUCCCAUCA